AUGACCAUGACCACCAUGCCAGAGAGUCUCAACAGCCCCGUGUCGGGCAAGGCGGUGUUUAUGGAGUUUGGGCCACCCAACCAGCAAAUGUCUCCUUCUCCCAUGUCCCACGGGCACUACUCCAUGCACUGUUUACACUCGGCGGGCCAUUCGCAGCCCGACGGCGCCUACAGCUCGGCCUCGUCCUUCUCCCGACCGCUGGGCUACCCUUACGUCAACUCGGUCAGCAGCCACGCGUCCAGCCCCUACAUCAGUUCGGUGCAGUCCUACCCGGGCAGCGCCAGCCUCGCCCAGAGCCGCCUGGAGGACCCAGGGGCUGACUCCGAGAAGAGCACGGUGGUGGAAGGCGGUGAAGUGCGCUUCAAUGGCAAGGGGAAAAAGAUCCGCAAACCCAGGACGAUUUAUUCCAGUUUGCAGUUGCAGGCUUUGAACCGCAGGUUCCAGCAAACUCAGUACCUAGCUCUGCCCGAGAGGGCGGAGCUCGCGGCCUCCUUGGGACUCACGCAGACGCAGGUCAAGAUCUGGUUCCAGAACAAGCGCUCCAAGUUCAAGAAGCUGAUGAAGCAGGGCGGGGCGGCUCUGGAGGGUAGCGCGCUGGCCAACGGCCGGGCGCUGUCUGCAGGCUCUCCUCCAGUGCCGCCCGGCUGGAACCCCAACUCCUCUUCCGGGAAGGGCUCGGGCGGCAGCGCGGGCUCCUACAUCCCCAGCUACACGUCGUGGUACCCCUCGGCGCACCAAGAAGCUAUGCAGCAACCCCAGCUCAUGUGA